CGUUCCAGCCAUGGCUCUGGGGCUCUUCCGGGUGUGUCUGGUGGUGGUGACGGCCAUCAUCAACCACCCGCUGCUGUUCCCGCGGGAGAACGCCACGGUCCCCGAGAGCGAGGAGGAGAUCAUCCGCAAGAUGCAGGCGCACCAGGAGAAGAUGCAGCUGGAGCAGCUCCGCCUGGAGGAGGAGGUGGCCCGGCUGGCGGCCGAGAGGGAGGCCCUGGAGCAGGUGGCCGACGAAGGCCAGCAGCAGAACGAGACCCGCACGGCCUGGGACCUGUGGAGCACCCUCUGCAUGAUCCUCUUCCUGGUGAUCGAGGUGUGGCGGCAGGACCACCAGGAUGGGCCUUCCGCGGACUGCCUGGGCGGGGAAGAGGACGAGCUGCCCGGCCUGGAGGGCACCCCGCUCCGGAGCCUCACCCUGCCCAACAAGGAGACGCUCCAGCACUUCUACGAGCGCUGCAUCCGGGGCGCCACGGCCGACGCGGCCCGCACCCGGGAGCUCGUGGAAGGCUUCGUGGAUGACUUGCUGGAGGCCCUGAGGAGCCUCUGCAGCCGGGACGCGGACUUGGAGGUGGAGGACUUCAUUGGCGUGGACAGCAUGUAUGAGAACUGGCAGGUGGACAGGCCGCUGCUGUGCGACCUCUUUGUGCCCUUCGUGCCCCCCGAGCCCUACCACUUCCGCCCGGAGCUCUGCUGCUCCCGCCGCUCCGUGCCCUUGGACCGCCAGGGCUACGGCCAGGUCAGGGUGGUCCGGGCCGACGAGGACGUGCCGGGCUGCGUGUGCGGCAAGAGCACGCUGGGGGAGGACAUGCUGUGUCUCCUCCACGGCAGCCACAGCGCCGCACGGCCCGGCCGCGGGCUGGAGGCCCAGCUGUGCGCCGGGGACCCCCCGUACCUGGACACGGCGCAGGUCAUGAAGUGGUUCCAGACGGCCCUCACCAGAGCCUGGCACCGCAUCGCCCACAAAUACGAGUUCGACCUGGCCUUCGGUCAGCUGGACUCCCCGGGCUCCCUCAAGAUCAAGUUCCGCUCGGGGAAGUUCAUGCCCUUCAACCUGAUUCCCGUGAUCCAGUGUGACGACUCGGACCUGUACUUUGUGGCCCACCUGCCCAGGGAGCCCUGCGGGGAGACCCCGGCCUCCAGCACCGACUGGCUCCUGUCCUUUGCCGUCUACGAGCGACACUUCCUCCGGAUGACCUCGAAGGCACUGCCCGACGGGGCCUGUCACCUCAGCUGCUUGCAGAUCGCCUCCUUCCUGCUGUGCAAGCAGAGCCGCCUGACCGGCCCCAGCGGCCUGGGCAACUACCACGUGAAGACCGCCCUGCUGCACCUCCUGCUGUCCCGGCGGCCGGCCGACUGGCAGGCGGGGCAGCUGGACGCCCGGCUGCGCGAGUUGCUCCGCUUCCUGGAGAAGAGCCUGCUGGAGAAGAAACUCCCUCACUUCUUCAUCGGCAACCGCAAGGUGCCCGAGGGCAUGGGACUCCCUGAGGCCGUGCGCAGGGCCGAGCCUCUCAACCUCUUCCGACCCUUCGUCCUGCAGCGAAGUCUCUACCGGAAGACAGUGGACUCCUUCUACGAGAUGCUCAAGAACGCCCCGGUGCUCAUUCGCGAGUAUUCCCUGCAUAUCCCCUCAGACCAGGCCAGCCCGCCCCACAAAGCUGUUGUCUUGUAGAGCGUCCAGGACCCAGGGGGCCAGGACGCGGGGCACCCCACAUGUCCACGCCUCGGGGGGCAUCUGCAGGCCCCGGCCCGGGAGAGCAGCGGGUGCUGUGCGGUGCCCGGGCUCAGCCCACCAGGGAAGCCAGGCCCUGUGGCCCGCGGAGGAAACAGAAUUCCAAGCUGGAAAAGCUGGUUUGCUUUUACACCACUGGGGUCCUACUGGUAAGGUUAUUGUCUGGGUUUGGUUGAUCCUUUGCAGCUUACUUUUGGAUCACCACAAACGGCCAAGAUGAUGACAAAAUCCUCUCUGGAUGCUGAGCUAAAGACAACGCAAACAUUGAUGCGGGUGUAAUUUUUACAUCCCAGGUCCAGGCUUUACUUAAAUAUCAACAGAGGAUCUGCAGGAAUGCUGACGGGGAUGCAUGUUAAGACCCUGCAGCCUGUUUCCAGUAAUCCUUGGCCCCAGGCAUCCGCGGCCAAGGCACCAACAGGGACACUUGUGGGAAUUUGCAACCUUCCAUCCACAGCCUGCACAUUAGGGGUCCUUUCAAACUAUUCGUAGAAAAGACCUAGAAGAGAUUCAAGGCCCCAAGAGGCCAAUGUCUGUUGCACAGCAGUGGGUACUUGGUGGCAGAGGGAAGUUUCAGUCAGCCACUUUUUCAGCUCUGUGUCUCACUCAGGGUGCACCCCCUUUCCCACCCCUUACCCCAGUGUGCUGUGCCCUGAGCCCCAUAGGUACCUGUAUACCGUGCUGGGGACAAGCUCCACAGCCGGUCUCUGACCAUCCGUGUGGUGGGGGAGGGCGGAUACCGGAGGUGGAAGCUGCAAGAGACACAGGGUGACUGGGGCGAAGGGUAGAACCUGUCCCCAGGGCGCUGAUGCGCAGUUCAGAGAAGAUGGCAGAGCUGAGGAGGGAGGGAGGGAGGGAUGCCACAGCCCUGAGUUUUCCUCAGCAGGGUCGCAGUCCUAGAACCAAGCAUGCCUGGAGGCAAGAGGAGACCCAGCUCCAUCCGUUGGCCCCAAGACCCAUUCACUGCAGUGGGGCGCCCUCACGGCACAGAACCCCCCUUUCUGGAUGGGCUUUGCCAGCCACACCAGAUGACCAAGACCCGAAGAGACUUGGCCGACUGGAAACACGCAGGGAUAACUGCCGACCCAGCCCCCAGGCCCCAGAGAGGUCACUGACCCCAGCACUGCUGGGGGCUGUGGUCACUGGGCAGGCGCCAGAGCCUGCGGUGGGAGCUGGCCCGUCUCCAGGCCUGGGUCGGGGGUUGGGAAGCCACUCCUCCUCCACUUCUGGCUUCGCUGGCCCUUUGGGAGUUUCUCCCAUGGUAGUGCCUCAGUAACCCUUGCAGCAAGCCAAGGGGGAGGCAAGAAGGAGCGCACCUGAACCAGCACCUGAGUUCCCCUCCAGGGUUUAAGCUGGCCAGGCCUGCCGAACAGCAGACCCCAUUCCGUGGGGGUGUCAGGCUCACCACAAGCUGCGGAGGAUUCUGUCCCUCACCCAGGGGUGCUCUCACCUGGCCCCAGUGGUUCCAGAAGAUGGAUGGUUUGCCUGGCAGGGUUCGCUUGGGGCAGGAGGCUCGGCUGUGAUGGGGCACUGAGGCCUGUAGGAACCCUUCCAUGUAAGCUGGAGUCGGACCACGCAGACCUGGGUCUGGUCUCCCCAGCGCCGGAGCAGGCAGCGUGGGGCCAGGAAGGGUGGUCAUGCCCACGUGGCCCCCAGCAGUAGCCCCAAGCCCCCAUUCAGUUGUGAUUUGUUUCCAGAAUCGGGGUGAAUUUCCAUAUUUAUUAUUGCCCAUGCCUUGCCUUCCCCCCCCCCACCCCAUCCUUAGCUUGUGCUUGGAGGAGACCCCACAGCCGGGAACCAGGCUCCAGAAGCCAAGACCAAGCCUGAACCUCCCUCAGCCUCCCCUUGGCUUCCAGGGAGAAGUUCACUGAAAAAUGACCUUCUGGCCUCUUGUUUAUCCAGAGAAGACAACUCAGCGGGGCAGUGGGGAUCUUCUAUGCACCAAAGCUGCUUCUGAAGCGGAAAAUAGCCGAGCUCUCGGUGUUUCAUGCUGCCUUAUUUAUAUGAAAGGAAGAAUUAAAUUCUUGCAAGGAGUAGAAACUGGUCACAGUGUUUGUUUUACCUUCAGGAAGUCUGUGAGGUUCCCUGGGCCGAGUUGGGGAGCAGGGGGGGUUUCCUGUUGACCAGCGGAAGCUUUCACUCCCUUUUGAUUCUUAUGCUUUCAGGAAACUUUUUAGAAAAAUCACAAAAUAGAGUCUUUCUAGCCCAUCUUUGAAGCAGCCUACAGAGUUCCAGAAGGGGAACGUGGGGGAUGUCAGCCCAAGACCUUCUUUCCCCGAGCUCGAUGUGCAGACAAGUGUGGGAGCUACGAGGAGCACGAAGCUUGUGGGUUUUGAGGGAAGAGAUUGUCUUUUCAAUGGAGGGUUUAGUCCAUCAGGGCAUUUGACAGGCCUUUCCACUAAGGACAGCCAGGCCUCUUUCUCUGAGGAAGCUCUCUCCUUUCCCAAGCAGGCUUGACCCCACCGGGCAUCUGCUCGCUGGUUGGGUAAGAUGCUCCAGAACUACAUUUUGCCGCACGUCUUGAUCUUGACAGCACUGAAAGCAGGAUGGUCGGCCCGAGGCCAGGAUAUCGAUUAGGUUGGGAAGGGCCACGAGAAAGAGGGGAACACACUGCUGGCUGGUCCGAAGGAGGAGCCCCUUUAGAGCCUGCUUCUCCGGCGGUGGUCCCGUGUCACCCGGGUGCGGGUUUCUGGGCCACACUGCAGACUUCAGUGGAGUCGCUAGGAGUCCAGCCCAGGAAUCUGCAUUUUGCCAAGUUCCCCAGGUGAUUCUGAAGGCCCAAGAACCUCCGCUACCUGGGGGGAUUAGGGAUUAGGCACUGCCUGAUAGAGCUUCUGAAAGAUGGGUAAGACUGAGCCGGGAAAGUGUUCCAGCCAGAACCGAGGAGUAAGGGGAGGGGAGCGUGAUGGACUAGGCAACAGGGGAGUAGCACCUACUUCAUGCCAGUCACCCUUCUGGGUGCAUUCAUGUACAUUAACUCAUUUAAUUCCCAUGCGAACCCUAUGAUGUGGGUGCUGUUAACAUCCUCCCCACUUUCCAGAGGAGGACACUGAGGCACAGAAGGGUAAGUUGCAAAGCCAGAAUUUGAACCCAAGCAGGGCUGGUCUAUAUGCUGAUAGAUACUGAGAAGUUUUAGCAAAUGAGUUUGAAAAUGUUGGGGCUGAUCUCAGAAAAGCCUUUAAGGCUGAGCCAAGGUAAAUUUGAACUUCAUACAAUAAGCAGUGGUGAGCCGUUGCUGAUUUGUGAGUGAGAAAGUAACCUGAUUUGCCCCUAACCGUGAAGUCCCUGACCAUGUGGUCAGCGCUGUGUUGGGUGCUGCGGGGCUUUAUGGCCAGCUUCCAGGGUGGGUGGGGUCAGUGGCGACUGUGGCAGGGUCGGUGAAUGUCCCUGAAGUUCUAACUUAAGUCACCCCAUAAGCUGAUUCAGAACAUCCUCAUGCUCCAUGCGGUCGCCACCUCAUGGGAUAGAGAUGGAAGGUUGUUUGGUUUGGCCAGCAGACCGGGAACAGAGAGCACCAAUAACCACUUGACUUGUCCCCACCCCACCUCACCCUCCUCUGCUUUGCCCCUGGACCCCCACCCUGGGAAGGGCAUCUUUUAGAGUUAACUUUUCUCAUUGCCAUCCAAAAAUAGCUUGUUUUUCUAACUAGUUGCUUUUUUAAAAAUUUUAUAAAAACAAACAGUCAUAAUAAAAAUAUUCAACCACUGACAGAAAAAUUAAGUAACAGAUAAACACAUCCACCCCUUACUUCUCCAUCCAUUCCCCAGCCAUAACCGAUAGGAAGUUUCUUGUGUAUCCUUCCAAAAUUUUUCUAUGUAUGUAUCGCAUGUGUGCAUGCAUCCCUUUUCCUUUUUACCCAGAUUGCAUCAUACCAUCUAACUUUUCUUGGAUAUCAAUUUUGAACAUUUGGUUCUACCCUAUUCUUCAAAAUAGUUGCUUCCUUACUAUCUCCCAGUAUGGAUAGAUAUACCCUAAUUUACCCAGCCUCUCCUACCGAGGGACACUUAAGUGUCUCCACUUUAUUUGCUAUUAUAAACAACAUGGCAGUGAACAUCUCAGUGCAUAAAGUCGUCUUUGAAGUGAUCCUCCCUUCUGGUAAUUGCUAUGAUAAUGCACUCACCAACUUGGUAUAUAUGGAUUCACCACCAAGUAUCUUACCAUAAAAGUAAACUGUUGCCUGGAUUUUAUUCCAUCCUCAUGAUUCCAGAGUGAGGAAAAGGCAUUUUUAAGCCAAGUACUGAGCAAUACAGCAUGUGUUCUACCCCGGAUCAGGCACUACGUGGGGAAUAGAAGUAUAAGACAAAGGCUCUGCCCCACGGACGUGGGUCUAUGAGGAAGACAAAACUGAUGGCCAAAAAAUAAGCCAGAGAACAGUAAAGAGCAUUAAGUAAUUGGAAGUGAAAUGAUGUGGCUCAAGGCCUGCGUGGCGAGAGGGAAUUCGAGAACUCCCAGAUCAGCUUUGGGUUUGGGAGUUUCAGCUCCCGUAUACACAAGAAAAUGUGAAGAGCCUCCCCAAAGAAAAUCAACUCGAUAUGAUUGUUUUCCUGUCCCCAAAUGGGUGUGUUCUGUUCCUUUGGCCCGGGGGCUGGUUUAUUUCUUCCGGCACGAUGUGGGGCCCCUGCUUUCCUGGUGUAAGUGGCAUUUUUUCUUCCUUUGAUGUUCCUCUGCAGCCCCCACAAAGAAACCAGAAAAUAAAGCUUUCAACAACAAA